AAGAGCAGAGACGGUGUAACAUUGUGCGCGCGCCCGGCGCGUACCCGUUUAGAGGGGUGGAAAGCGCCGGCUCCGAAGGUAGGGGUUGCUCGGCCGAAGAGUAUCGUGGUGGGAAACGAUCCCUACCCGACGGCGUUCGCGGAAAGCGCACGAGCUGUCUGGCCGAGAGAGUGGUGGGAGUUUCGGGGGGAUGUUGCCGGGAACAGCAGGCUCGCGAAGCGAAGGGGGUGAAGGAUGCUGGUGGAUGACGCUGGAGGAGAGGAAAGGCGCCGUAAGGGGUGCUCGGAAUCACGGUGGUGGUGUGUACACACUGUAUAUAGUCUGGCAGGAGUGGAAGAAGGGUGCGCCCUACUUCGCGUCGGCGUUUUCCCUCCUGGCAGUGUGCAACGACGUACCGAAAGAAAGACGGAGAAGGCGGCAGAGGGUAUCUCUCCGGUUCGGUGGCAGGCUUUUCAUAGUCUCCCAUUUCACGACGAACGUCCGCGGCAUCGGUCCGAGUGUUAUCGACGGUCGGCUGUGCGUAAACGGCGAAAAAUCGGAAACGGCGGGGUUAAUACCUGGGAUAUCGCCUGGCGCGGACAACGCCUCGGAUAAUAGGCAGUGAGAACAAGCAUCGUCGCCGUUGCCGUCGCCGUCGUCGUCGUGGUCGUGGUCGUGAUCGUGGUCGUGGUCGUGAUCGUGGUCGUUGUCCGAGGAGGGUGGUAGAUCGAGUGUGCCGCGGGGUGCUCGGUUCUCGUCGGUGGUGCUGCUGCGACGCCGAUACGACGCGCCGAUAUUGUCCACGACCGUUCUCGACCGCGGGGGUGCUACAGUUUCCCUUUUCGUCUUUUCCGCGAGUCUGUCCCCAGUGCUACGCUCCGAGUGAGAGAAGUGCACGCCGAUGAUCACCGCGUUUACGUAAGAGCAAGAACGGACGGGCCGCUCUCUCUCUCUCUCUCUCUCUCCUCUCUCUUUCUCGGCCGUGGUGUAUGCUUACUCGUUCGUAUGUAUAUCCGGAGUGUGUGCGCGCGCGCGUGUGACAAGCACCGACAAAUACGGGAAAGCCAGACGAGAAAGAAGACGGUGGUGGUUUUCGUCGAUUCGUGAAUUCGCUGAAUAUAUUUGCCGGCGUGGAGAGUAUCGUUUUACGGAGACCUGGCGUAGAGAAACGGUUACGCGUGCAUCGUCGUCGUCGUUGUCGUCGUUCUCGUCUUUGCGAUCGUCGUCGUCGUCGCCGUCGCCGUCGUCGGAGGCCGAGUCAGGAGGAUUCACGAAUGGACGAGCCAAGACCACUUAAUUCCAACCCUCUCGUUUGCAUAAUUAGCCGUAGUAUGCUGCAAGAACUACACGGGGAGAAGGGUUUGCGUAAACUUUGGCACAAGGGGUGAGGUGUGCGACAGCGACAGCGAGGAGACGGUCCUGUACGGAAUACGCGGCGAAUAUUCGGAACGAGAGAGGAAAGUAGGCGUGGGGAACGGCGGUACCGCGUUCGGACGGGAGACAGACCGCGCGAGGACGGGAAUGGACGCGAGAUCGUCUGCGAAGGAUUCUCUCGGCAGGCCGAAAACGAGUCAGUGAUUAUUGAUGCGUUUGACGAGGCCGGGACCCUCGAGCGAUAUUGUCGGGGAGGAGAGCGCCGAACGAAACCAGGACCAUCGCCGUUCGACGAUAAUACAGUUGUUCGUCAUGGAGAUCUCGGUGUUCUUAUUUUACGUGAUGACGUUGCUCGGCGUCGCGACCAGCGACAAGUGCGCCGAUCAGUGUUCCUGCAAGUGGAAGAGCGGGAAGCGCACGGUCGAGUGCAUAAAUCGCGCCCUGACCGGCAUACCGGAGUGGGUCGAUCCGGAAACGCAAGUGCUGGACACCAGCGGGAACGACAUUCGGUUCCUGCCGAGCAAUAUCUUUGUACGGGUACGCUUGACGAAUCUACAGCGUCUCUACCUACGCGAGUGCCGUAUCGACCGAAUCGAUAGCGAGGCACUGGCGGGCCUUACGAAUCUCGUGGAGCUCGAUCUGAGCCACAAUCUGCUGGCCGCGGUCCCCAGCGGCAGUUUCACGAACACGCCGUUCCUCAGGGACCUCGUGCUCGCGAACAAUCCCCUGAAGAAGAUACACUCGCUCGCGUUCAAGAGCACGCCGAACCUGGUCAAGCUCGACCUGUCGCACACGCAGCUCGCCGAAAUCGAGAAGAGGGGCUUCCGCGGCCUGGAGCUGCUCGAGAGCCUGAAGCUGAACCACAACCAGCUGGUCACCUUCCAUCCGGGCACCUUCGAGCCGCUGAACAAGCUCACCAGCAUCGAGCUGCACGAGAACCCGUGGAUCUGCGACUGUCACCUGCGCGAGAUGAAGAUGUGGCUGGUGAAGCACAAUCUGCCGACCCUGCAGGCGCCGCUCUGCCACGGGCCGAAACAGCUGCUGAACCGCACGUUCGCCGACCUCGGGAUCGACGAUUUCGCCUGCCAGCCGAUACUCCUGAUAACCGGCCGGUACACGGAGGCCACGAUAGGCGAGAACGCGAGCAUCGUGUGCCGCGUGAGCGCGAUACCGCCGGCGAAGGUGAAAUGGUAUUCGAACGGCCGGCAGCUGACCAAUCAUUCGUCGUUCGGCAGCCACCAGAAGAAGAUCCUGAUAUUCGAGGAGGGCCAGUUCCGAAAGGUGAGCACGCUGGUGCUGACGAACGCCGAGGAAGCGGACUCGAGCGAGUUCUACUGCGUGGCCGAGAACCGGGCCGGCAGCGUCGAGACCAACUUCACCCUGCACGUGUCUUUGAGAACCGCUGGCAUGUCCACCCUCGGCUCCGGCCAGAUCGCCGGCAUCUCGGCCGCGCUGGUCGUCCUGAUCCUGCUGAUCCUGCUGAUCAUCCUGGUGCUGUUCAUCCGGCUGCGGAGGAUGCCGCAGAAGGACGUGAAGUCGUCGGUGCCCGCGGAAGGCGUCUCGGUCGACGGCGGCAGCGCGAACAACGAGAACCCGCCGUCCGCGACCGCGACCGCGGCCGCGACCGCCGGCUCCCGCAGAAAGUUCGACGAGACGAUGGAGACCACGUCGUUCGGGGUCGAGUCGAAGCCGCCGGUCUCCCUCAGCCUGAGCUACGUCCAGAGGCCGCAGGCCGCGUCCCUGCAGCCGGAGCACGAGUACGGCUCGAUCGGCCGGUUCGACGACCCGGGCCAGCACCAUCCGUCGGAGAUGGUCGCGCCGGCCGCGUGCUUCUCCUCGACCGCGUCGCUGAUGCCGAUCGAGAACCCGGACCUGAUCAGGGACACGCGGCGCGGCUCCGCGGAGGACAUCACGCCGUACGGCGGGGCCGACUACAGCCGCAUGGAGGUCGUCGACGACGCCAAGAUCCUCUACUCGGGUUGCAUGUGGGAGGCGAGGGACGCGUGCAGGACAUCGGUGUCGGUCAGCACGUACCCCUCGAAGGAGGCCCUGGCGGUCGUCGCGCCCAUGGUCGAGCAGUUCCCGCCGGGCGCGAAGCAGCUCCGUGUCUGGCAGAAGGGAGUGCCGGUGAUACCGCCGGUCUCGGCGUUGAAGCGUGUGCUCGGUUCGACGCGCAGUUCGCCCGACGAGGGCUACCAGGAAGGGACUGGGACGGAUGUCUAGGUGCCGCUGCUUCAUUACUGCGACGCCCGGCACCGUUACCUGGAGCUCCGUAGACGCCACCAGGAGGACACCGAUUGUUGAGAAACAGGGAAACGGAGAGAAAGAGAGGGGGAGGAAGAGAGAGAGAGAGCGAGAAAGAAACGAGCACACGCAAGUUUUAUUGUCCAAGUGCCGGACGAGCGGUAGUGAACGAUACGCGUACUAUCAUUUUUUCCGUACUACGAUGUCAGUUCGUCGCGCCGACUAUGUUGGGACACAGAGAGACUACUCGACGGGGUUCGCUCGUCGUGUCGCGUGAAUCGCGUUUAUAUACAUAUAUACAUAUAAAUAAACGUAUAUGCAUAAUUACGCGCGCGGUUGUACGCGCGGAUGCACGCGCGCGUACGCGGCUACGACCGUGCGCGUACGUUAUUCUAUACAUGUAUAUAUGUAUACGUAUACAUAUAUGUAUACGUACAGAUAUAUACGUAUAUAGGGAGACAAACGGAGAACUGUGUAAAGAGAGAAAGAAAGAAAGUGUGCGUGCGUGCGUGUGUAUGUGUAUGUGUAUGUGUAUGUGUGUGGGUGUGUGCGUGUGUCUGUGUGUGUGGUCGAUGAAACGGUCGUGUCGAGGUGUUCCGUUCGUACGCGGGUAUACAUGGACGUACCAGGAUAGGGAAGUCGUCGAGAGUCCGCCGACCGAACGAACCGUGGAAACGAACAUCCACUUGUCGCGAGAUUUACCCGCGGUC